CAGUUAUUGCCUGAUUCCUUCUCAGGCUAAAUAUAAGUGACCGCAGCGGGAGGCACCAGCUUUAUUCAUUCACUCCUGCUUCUGCUGGUGACGGUCCUGGCAGGUGCAGCUCAAGUCAUGGCUGCAGCCAGCCAGGAAUGGAACAAGAAUCCAUGAAGUGGGUUGCAGGCAUCAGGUUCCUUGUUUGGUCUAUGCUCACCUGGGUCCAGCCUGUUGGUGAGUGUGCACUUUCCCCAUCAGAUGCUGCUUCUCUUUGCUACAUCUUCACUGUUGGCAAGUCAGGGUCUGGACCAUGGUGGCACAAAGUCCAAGGCCAACUGAACGAAGAGACUUUUAUUAACUGUGACAGUAACAACAACUGCCAUGCCACUGGCCUUCUGGGGAAUAGACUGAUGGUCACAAAACUCUGGAAAACACAAGCUGAACCUCUGAAAGAUGGAAUUCACCUGUUGAAAGCAGAACUGAUUGACAUGACUAAUAAAACCAGAGGCACAGAGCCCCUCACUCUGCAGGCCAGGAUGUGUUGUUGUUAUGAAGAUGGACAUUUCGAUGGAUUCUGGAACAUUGGCCUCAAUGGACACAAAAUAUUGCACUUUGACUUAAGCACUGGAAAAUUGACUAAAGCAGCUGAAGGCAGCAAGAAAAGAUUGACCAGCAGCGAUGUAACAGACUUCUUUUACAUGACUUCACAUGGGGACUGCAGGUCCUGGCUUAAGGAGUUCAAGUCACACUGGGAAGAAAAGCUGGAGCCUAUAGCCUCACCAAAUGGUAUGCCAGUUGUGAACCAGCUGCCUUUGUCCCUGGCCAUCAAGCCCAACAUCUCUGUCCUGCUCAUAUUCAUCACCUGCUCCCUCCUGCUGCUUAUGUGAGGAGAAUCCUUGACAGUGAAGGCUGAAGAUGCUCCAGAGAAGGCCGGGGGAGCUCAUCUGGUGCCACCCAUCUUCCUUUCCAUCAGCCUCAACCAGAUGAAUCUUGAUGCUGCCAACAUAGUAUUUCAUGUUCUUUCACUCUGUGCUAGUCGUUUGGGUGUCUUAGCACCUUGUGCUGUUUCCUUGGUUCUCCCUGGUGGGAUUUGCCCUGCAUGAAACUACUUUAAUUAGAGAUCCGGGAAAGAACAUGAUCAUGUACCCAUAGAGAACAGUAUAAACAGAUCUCCGUAGUAUGACUGUGAAGCUAUUGCUACUAUGCAUAUAAAUGAAAAUAAUCAAAUAUCUCAGGUAUCACUAAAGGAAACUUAUAACAACUAGUCAUAAAAAAUGGAGAUUGAGGGCCAGUUGUUUCACAGAAAUCAUUGGUAACUGUAACAGGGCCCCAGACCUCAGCACAGAUGACUCCAUGAUGGAAGCUCCAUUCAGGCUGUAAAACUCAGCACAUACACAGCACCUUCUUCCAAAACUAAAACAAAGACCUAAUCCAUCCAAGUGCAUGGUUAAGGCCAAGUCUCUGAAUGUGCUAACCUUGCUUUUUAGCUUCUGUUGUUCUGCUUCUGGCUAACUAUUCUUGUCAACUGAAAUUUGUUCAUCAACAACAUGAGUUUUGUACUUAAAUGCUCUGCCUGAGAAAGGCUUGGUGCUGCACUGGGAUCCCUAACAGCCAGUGCAGUUGCUGACCAGCUAAUAAAGAGUUUCUAUUGACUUAAAUUGA